UUCAACAGAGCCAAGUGCGUUUCCUGGUUGGAUUCUAUAAUAAGUUGGGAUGUAAAACUAAAAUAUCUCUUCUGCUGUCACACUCAAGAAUUAAGUCAGUUCCUCUUCAUCAUGUCUACAGCUAAUAAUAACUCUCGGAGGGCAUGCUGUGGUCUUAAUCCUAUAUUUGCAUCUGAUUUGAAGUUAACCCUUGAAACAGCUUCUGCCAACUGCUACGACUUCAUAUGUACCCCAAUAAGUCAUCCUCGAAGAUUUCGAGACCUGCUCAAUCCGAGCCUUGCUAGCAACGAUCCUUUUACAAGAUCAGAUUUGAUUCUGAGUUCUGAAGAGUGGUCAUGCAACAUCGUUGCCAUGUGCAGCCAGAACAUAGACUGCGACAGUCCAAUGGAGGAUAGGAGGAAGCUAAGCGAGCUCAUUCUGGAUCAAGAGCUGACUUAUGCCUCUCACCUGGCUGUGGCGAUGGCGCACAUCACCCUCUCUAAGCCCAACAACACCAACUUGGCGCGCAUCAUCAACGCCAAGAUGCUCAAAGGACAUUCUAGCCCGCUUUGGGUACAAGUUCCGAUGGUUGCUCCUUCGGUCCAGACUCGUUUCCACCUCAACCGUGACAGCCAACAACCUGAACCUGACACCUGGGAAUGGUGGAACUCGUUCCGAUGCCUGUGUCGUCAUGAUAAGAAGAUCAAUGCGGUGCUGGAGAUGACAACUGAUCUUCCAUCCGAUGAGGAGAUUGCCAGAUGGUUGGGUGAGCCAGUCAAAUGCAUCGUGAUCUCCACUAGUGUGUUUAUGACCAACAAGAAAGGCUUCCCCGUGUUGACCAAGGCGCAUCAGGCCGUCCUCCGAGCUUUCUCUGCGGUCAACGUUCAAGUGGUCAUAAGCGGAUCUCUGAGACACGAGUCGUACAAACACUAUGCGCAAUACAUUGACCACAUCUUCCAGACUCUCAGCACAGUUGAUCCUCUGAUGUCCUAUGGUCAAGGGUUUGAGGAUUAUUUGCAGAUUCCUCUACAACCAUUGAUGGACAACUUAGACUCCCAGACGUACGAAGUGUUUGAGAAAGACCCUGUCAAGUACAGCGAGUACCAACGUGCCAUCUACUUAGCGUUGUUAGACAGAGUGCCCCCAGAGCAGAAAGAUUCUGUUACACAGAUAGUGAUGGUGGUGGGAGCAGGUCGCGGUCCGUUGGUCAAUGCGGCCCUCAACGCAGCACAGAGAGCUGAACGUAAAAUCAGGGUCUACGCGGUGGAGAAGAACCCCAACGCUGUUAUUACACUGCAGGCACACAAAACAGAGUUCUGGCGAGACUCAGUGACCAUUGUCUCGUGUGACAUGAGGGAGUGGGAAGCACCUGAACUAGCGGACAUCUUGGUCUCUGAGCUGUUGGGUUCGUUUGGAGACAACGAACUGUCCCCGGAGUGCUUGGACGGCGCUCAAAAGUUCCUCAAAGAUGAUGGCAUCAGUAUUCCGUGCAGUUACACAUCGUACCUGGCCCCAGUACAGAACCCGAGAUUGUGGGGUGAAGUGGCCGCGAGAUUCCGAGACCCGAACAAGGUGUCGGAAACAAUGAACUUUGAGAUGCCGUGGGUGGUACAUCAGCAGAACAGGUAUCCUCUGGCACCCACGCAGCCGCUGUUCACCUACCAUCACCCUAACAGAGAUAAAACCAUUGACAACUCGAGGUACAAAAUGCUGACAUUCAAAGUUGAGAACAACAGCAUGCUGCACGGUUUCACAGGCUACUUUGAUACUGUCCUGUACAAAGACGUCAUGCUCAGCAUAGAACCGUCAACAUACUCCAGAGGAAUGGUUUCGUGGUUUCCUAUCUUCUUCCCAAUCAAAGAACCCGUCUCGUUAAAGACAGGUGAUAACCUAGUUGUUCACUUCUGGAGGCUCCACAACAAAAGAGAGGUUUGGUACGAGUGGACAAUAACUUCUCCGAUAACCACUCCCAUCCAGAAUCCCAACGGACGAGCUUACAACAUCGGACUCUAGUGUUGGCACUGGUCUCAACAAAAUCCGUCUACCUGAUAAUAAGUUAAAAAGCUUUUUUUAAGUUUUUCUUUUGUAAAAAACUGACAUAAAUUUUGUUA